AUGGGAUAUUAUGGCGACGCCAGGCUCAGUGUUGAUCAUCCAUUGCUGAUUGUACCGGAACACGGCCCGGACCUCGUACCAGUUGUUCACGGCGCCGCCCACGUUUAUGGGCGAGGAGCCCUGGCCAUCCAACCGCCGCCGCCAGUCGAGGGCGCCAACGUGAUGUCGGUGCAAGAGUUGUCGGGCACGCGGAUGCGGACGCUGACGAUGUACCUCCCACCGAGGACGAGGCGGGUGUUGUCGAGGGGCUGGCUUGAUUCGGUGCUGCUCUCAGUAGAAGCCGCUGACAACGUCUCCGAGGAAGAAGUAGUGAUACCACUCAGAGACGAAGUAGUCAAAGGCGGCAAGCAUGGUGAAGCCAAUACUCCAUGGGUCAAAGCCAACAGUGGAAGAGCACAUAUCUCGGACCUCAUGGUGAAAAAGCCAACACACAAAAAGAUUGCUUCAAGAGAAAAGGAACGAGUGGCAAUGAAAACUUACAAGGGCUAG